GCAAAUGCCAUUCUAGCCCAUCUCACCAAGACGUUACUUUAAGCAUCAGCCUCAUCGACUAGACCCCUAGUCCUAUCUCAUCGUUCAAUGUCAGCCGGCCCUCCACCAGGCCACCCCUGGCCUGUCAACGUUGGCAACAACCCCAACAUCAAUCGCGACCCCCCACCACCCCCGAUUCACGGGCUUGGGGGUCCCAUUCCCCAGGCCCCUCCUGCACCUGUACCUGCAGCCGCUCCGGCCGCUGCUGCAGGUCCAGCCCAAGUCGUCGUCGAGCAACAACACCACCACAACCCCAUCUACGGGCCUCCCUUACCCAUAGGCAUUGCCCCUCCCCUCGACAUAGGCAUAGGUGCGUUUCCACCCGUCCCCCCUCAUCCCCCGCUCGGCCUCGUGGAUCCCUUCUUCCUAGGCGGCGGCUUUACGCCAGGCGGCGGACCCCUCGCCCCCAUCCGAACCGGUAACUUCCUUGCCAAUGCUCAGUACGGCAUAGGUUUCGGUCUGCACUCCACAGGCGUAGCUUUUCCGCCCCCGCCGCCCGGCGCCGUGGCAGGCGUGCUGCAGCCUUUUGCCGCGCCUGCGCCUCUUUGGAGUCCCGCCCCCGCUGCUGGCCUGGCGUUUGGAAACGUUCCUGCUGUCGGCGGCGUUGUUGCACGAGUGCCUCCGCUGGUAAAUGUAGUAGUGGGUGCUGGGGGGGCUGCGACGCAGCAUCAUCGUCCUGCCCCGCUCUUCCACGAUGGAAACAACGGACAUCACGCCCAGCCCGCACAGGCAGAUGUGUCACAGAUUGCCGGCGGGAUUCCUCCGGGCGUCAUGCUUGUCGAGUCGGCCGAGCAUACCAUUUUCAUGCGCAUCACCGGUAACGUUUGUCCGUGGUUGUCGCCUGGUGCGUUGUUUGGGAUUGAGCAGCUGGCAGCGGCUAGUACGACGGGGUUAAAUCGCCUGAUUCAGAUUUGCCAUGAUGGCGCUCCUGAGGAGGAGCUCGAGGGUGCGGCGGUUACAGAGUGCAUUGAGCUGGGGAAUGGGCUGUGGGAAAAGGGCCAGACGUUUAGAUAUAAUGAUGCUGUGUCCAAGGUCCUGACGCUGAAGGAUGCCGGUUGGGAUAAUACAAGGAAUAGGGUUGGCGGGAAUUCGCUGCAUCUGUGGGGUCAUAGGGUCUAA